UAUAGAAGAAAGGUGGAAAGUCUUGAGUGUUGAAACAAGAAAAAGAGCAGAGGGAAUAUUAGGAAAAAAUGAACUGUCUGGCUUUGCCUUCUUCCUUCUCUUACCAUACAGCCAAUCUUUUGUCACUCACUUUUUAGGGCAAAUAAGAGUAUCUCAAAAAUUUCUCUCUACCCUCCAUUUUUUGUUCUCCUUAUCCAAAUUCCAAUUCAUAGACUUUUACUAAAUAGCCUUCCUCUCAAAACUUUCCAUGACCUAUUUGCCUGACAUGUAAGGUCUCUUUUCACCUUUGAAUUCGCUUAUUAAAGGAUUAUUGGAAAGAAAAAAAAAAUCUUGAUCUCUAUAUGAAUGUUGUUUUUGCUCAUUGCUCUUGUACCCAAUUUCAAACCAGGUCGGAUCCAUGCCAUAUGUGCGGCGGUUCGGCCUUUUUGCCUAUCAUGGAAACUGUAGUUCAAUUUGAAGGAAGUCGGUUUCUUGAUUAUGUUCCUAAAUUGGUUGCUGGUGCCAUCUCUGGUGCUCUCACAGGAUUUUUUGCUCUUGCUGGAGCUUUUACAGGAGCUAUUGCUGGUGCUUUAGCUGGCCGAGCUUCUAAUUGUGGUGUUUUUCGAGGGGCUGGACUAGGGGCUAUUGCUGGUGCUGUCCUUUCUGUUGAGGUUUUGGAGGCUUCUCGGGCUUACUGGUGUUUGGAACAGUCUGGUUCGCGAGGCCCUUCAUCUAUGGCAGAUUUUAUGGAAGAGCUUCUGCGGGGGAGGUUUGCAGAUGAACAGUUUUCACCAGCAGUGCUAACUACUUAUCAUUGGCAGGUAAGCAUUGCUAAUUUAAGUUAUGAUGAGAUUCAUGAUGUUAAUGGUGAAGCUGCAUCCAAAGGGUUGUCAGGAGAUUUGCUCAAGAAGUUGCCAAGUCAUACCUUGGAUGAAAUCAAGGCAAAACAGACCAUCUGUUGUACAAUAUGCUUGCAGGAUAUCGUUAAAGGGGAGAUUGCAAGGAGUUUGCCCCGUUGCUGCCACACAUUCCACUUAGCCUGUGUUGACAAGUGGCUAAUAAGACAUGGCUCAUGCCCUGUAUGCAGGCAGGAUGUGUAGAGGACCACCGGGAUCAGACUGCUGUAUUUGUAUAUAAUUGCGAUGGGCAAGAUGCAGUGUUUGCAAGUAGCUGUUAGGCGAAGUAUAUUCAAUCCGUUCAUGAAGGAGCUUAGUUGUUUUGUAGCAUUAAUUUUCACAUGUCCAUAGGAAAAUUAGAUGCUAGAUCCUUAGUUUCCUUUGUACCCAUUUUGUAAAAUAAUUAGAAUCUUUUGCAGUUAAUAUAAAUGUGCUAGCUUAUUGUAUUUUUAUA